UUGUUAACCAAUAAUACCGUUUUUCCCACAUGCGUCAUCAUAUCAUCCAAUCAGCGCUUACGGUUCCAGCGAAUCUCCGCCUUAACAAUCUUUAGAGGCACCAUCCCUUCCAAAUUUCCAUAUGAUUCUGAGACUAAAGGUGGCUUUAAGGUGUUAAUUAAGAUACGCGUAUGUUUUGUGAUGUCUGCACAGGACUGGUAUGCACACAAGUCUGUUGGAGACGGACUGUUCUGGGUCCAGGAGCGAUUUUACCAAUCGGGGAACAGAGCUAACAUUUGGGUCAUACGCGGCUCCCAUCAGGACGUGGUGAUAGACACAGGAUUGGGACUGCGGAGCCUGCCGGAGUACAUCAAGGCAAACGGCCUCCUGGGGGACGAUUCGCAACGCAAAAACCCUGUUUUAGCUAUCGGCACACACGUUCAUUUCGAUCAUUCGGGUGGUCUCCAUCAGUUUCAACAGGUGGGCGUUCACAAGGCAGAGGUCGAUGCACUUGCUAAUGGAGAUAACUUCGAAACGGUAACCUGGCUGUCUGACAGGGAGAUUGUUGAGAGUCCCACGCCCGGAUGGAGAGCCAGGCAAUACAGAGUGAAGGCUGUCCAGCCGACUCACAUAUUACAGGAAGGUGACGUCAUCAACCUGGGCGACCGUCAGCUGAGCGUCCUCCACAUGCCGGGCCACUCGCGCGGCAGCAUCUGCCUUCACGAUGCCGAGCGCAAGCUGCUGUUCAGCGGCGACGUGGUCUACGACGGCGCCAUGAUCGACUGGCUGCCGCACAGCCACGUGGGCGACUACGUGCGCAGCUGCGAGCGGCUCCUGGCAAUGGCCGAGCAGGAUCAGGUGGAGCAGGUGCUGCCCGGCCACUUCAACACGUUCGGGGCCAAGCGGCUCCAGCGAUUGGCCUCGGGCUACGUGUCCGGGGCGGGCGCCUGCCACCGGCUCUCCGCCUGCGCCAUCAGGUCGGUGGCCAGCAUAGCGCUACGCUCCUCCUGCUGUUAGACGACGGAGAUGGAGGAGGAAGAGGAGGGGGUGGAGGUGGAGAAGAACCGGGUCCGACACUCCAGUUAAUGAGGUUCGUCUCAUCAGUGUGUUUUGGUUUGUUUUCUCUUGGGACACUCUUGAGGUUUACAAGCUUGUUUCCACACGUUGCUGCAACCUCCUCCUUCAGAAUAGUGUGUAUAUAACAAUACUAUAUACAAUAUGCUUAUCUUGCAUACCACAUAUCUUGACGUGACAUUGAGUAUUUAGGUGGACUGAAUUUCUGAACCUGGAAGUUUCUGUGUAUUGCUAAGCUCACAUUGUCAAGGCCAGCAGGUCUGGAGAGCCUCGCGUGAUUCGGUGACUGGUCAUCUCCAGCGCUGGACGUUCGGGCAUCAUCAAAGAGAAGAGAGAGACUUUGGCCUCUGUGCCAGGCUCGUGACAGGACAGAAGGAGGAAGUGAACGGAUGUAUGUAACUGAUGAGCACCAGAAUCAAGUUCUUAGUCCACAAAGCCUAGAUGUAGAUGUUUUUUUUUAAAUUAUUAUUUGUUUGUUUUUUUUCGGACGCUAAUGGCAAAACAGGAGCCACCUAAGCCUUCAUUAAAGAUGCAUGAGCACACUCUGUCUGAGCACAGAAAAGAGAGAGUUACACGUUAGGGUGCGAAACAUGAAAGUAGGUCGGCAUUCCAGUUAAGACGACGUACUGCCCCCCCCAGGAAUGACCGUAGUAUGAAUUUACAUGAGCUUAUUCCUGCUGAGGGUUGACAUUUUGCUGUUGGAGAAUCGCAAGAUUAAUGAGUAGUGAGUGAACAUGUGAAGUGAAGCCUAGAAGUAGACUUGAAUCCGUGUGUGGGUUGUGUAUUCUGUGUGAUGUUUUCAUGGUAAAUAUGAACGAAUAGGCAUGGCAUAUUCUCUGUAGCUGUGCAAUUGAGAUCAAAUCAUACUUCCUUAGAAAAACAGAUACGGCAGGCAAACAUGGUGCUUGCAUUUUACAUGUAUCACUGUACUCAUAAACUUCUGCUAAUUCAUAAUCGAUCAAGUUUCAUAUCACAAGCAGGUUAUGCAAGUUAACUAUAAACUAGUUCUAUGAUUAUAAAUAAGCACAAGUAUACUUUGUCACUUAACAUCUGAUUACUUCCAAACUCUCAAAGGUUAGAGAGUGACAUAUGAAAUCAUACUAAUCUAUAAUACUGAUAAGAGAUACAAAAGAUUACUCAAGUUUUUGUGUGGGUGUUGGAUUGGUUGCUCUUUGUUGCCACGGAAAAGAGUAGCAUGCUUAUUGACCUAUAACCCGUAUCCCUACUUGAUAUUGCUAAUGUGCCAUUUGGUGUGAUGUUGAACUCUCUCUUUGUUGCCAAAAUACUUCUGGAUGAGAACAUCCCAGAUAGCCUUUUUUAAUCAUUUGUGUGUGGUCUUCACAAAAGCAUAGUUUAUAGAGUGCAAUGCUCUCCUCCCUCCUGUGCCUGAACUGUUAGUGGGAAGAUGAGUUUGAGAGGUUUAUUCCAUAUCCUGGAUAUCGAUCUACUAUGUCAUACAAGAAAUGCCAGUUUCUGCCGACCAAGCUCUUCAGGAGCAGGUGUGUCAGACAUGCAGUGGUAUUGAAUGGGCUGACGACCGAAUCUUCUUUUAGGAAAAGGGCUGGGCAACCAUCCCUGCUUUUAACUUUUGGUGUUUUCUUGCAGUACAAACACACAGUAUUAGACACAAGAACUAGUCCUAGAUGCAGAGCCUCUUGCUCUUAAAGCAUUCUUCCUUUCAGAAAAGAGUAAUAUAGGGUUACAAGACUCAUUCCAUGUAGGAGUAAUGAUUUCUGGACCAGUGGGUCCAGAGACUCUGAAGGAAGCUGAAAAAACAACGUAUCCAGUGCCUCCCAAACUCACACUCUUACCUCACGUAACCCUGGCUGCAACUGUUCCUAUGAGUAAGCUGAAACACUAUCAGGAAACUCAAGAAGAGAACAGGACAUGCAUGACCUCCAAUGCACAAUCCAAAAAUGAGCUGUCUGCACUGGCUAUAAUCCAGAUGUGUGACGUAUUUUUGCUUAUCUUUUGUAUGUCCUUUAUAAUGAAUUUUUUUGUAUUGUUUUAUAAUCACAGCAGUGCCCGCUGUGUCUUACUUUGUUGAACUUAUCACUUUUAUUGCUCUCCAUAAGCAAAAAUACUAUGGCAUCUAAUCCAGAGACAUAGGAGCUUUAACAUGACAAAAUCCAUCCUAAUGAUAAUCCAAUGCAUAGGAAUGACCGCUUUCACUCAAAUUCAGUAGCUGCUCUAUUUCGAAGCUUUAUACUCCAUACUAAAUUAUGAAUGCCUUUAAUUAAUGGACAAUAGUGCAGGGUAGAGUUUACAUGUACUCUGAUCUGUGUGGUGUUCAACCGAUUGUAUUGGUUUAGGGUUGGGCUGGUCAUUCACGUGUUGGGUUUGAAUGGACAUGCAUAUUGCAGUUGUAUUUAGAAUCAGCGGAAUGCAUUGCUUGAGUGCCUGCUACAUUCACAGUUCAAUAAAGUAUUAUACUUGGUGCUGCCUCCAUUAACACCCCUUGUAAGAUAACACUCAGUAGCCACCAGCCUACCUGCAAUAGAACAGGACAAAUAGCCAUAUAACACACUACAGGGAUACAGUUUCAUGCAACUGAACACAACUGACAUGUUAACAGCAUCAGAAAUGGUUCACCUUAACGUGUAGCAAGCAUAUUAUCAUCGCACCAUCUGAUAUUAUUCACAAACAGAUAUGGUCUCUAUAAUCCUAUUCACCAUUUAUUGCUAUUGAAUGUCAAUAAAAAAAAUCUUGGAAGUUUGAAA